CUGUCACUGCGGUGACGGCGUCUGAGCAUGCGCAGUAUGCCGACUGUGUUGACAGCUGUGUUGUCAGGUUUCUAUUGACUCGUUAUACUCCUGAUCGGAACUCCACAGUUGGAGGAUAAUGGCCGGGACAGCGCUAAAAAGACUCAUGGCGGAGUAUAAACAGCUGACCCUGAACCCCCCAGAAGGCAUCGUGGCAGGUCCAGCCAAUGAGGAGAACUUCUUUGAGUGGGAAGCUCUGAUCAUGGGUCCUGAGGACACGUGUUUUGAAGGAGGAGUGUUUCCUGCUGUCCUCAGUUUCCCGUCUGACUACCCCCAGCCCCCCAAGAUGAGGUUUAUCUGUGACAUGUUCCACCCCAAUAUUUAUCCAGACGGCCGGGUGUGUAUCUCCAUCCUGCACGCCCCGGGUGACGACCCCAUGGGCUACGAGAGCAGUGCUGAGAGAUGGAGCCCAGUGCAGAGUGUGGAGAAGAUUCUGCUGUCUGUGGUCAGCAUGCUGGCAGAGCCCAACGAUGAGAGCGGUGCCAACGUGGACGCGUCUAAGAUGUGGAGAGAAGACCGCCUGCAGUUCAACCAGCUGGCCCAGCAGGUGGUCCGCAGGUCCCUGGGCCUCUAGACAUGAGGUCAUCAGCCUGAGUGUGUGUGUGUGUGUGUGUGUGUGUGUGUGUGUGUGUGUGUGUGUUGAAUCAUGGACGUCUAGAAUUGUGCGUCGCUCAAGAGAUAUCACUGAACCUGCUCACUAGUCAUGACAACCAUUAGAGACAACACCACCCGGCCGUGAUGGAGCACAAACUGAAGACCAUUGAUCAUGUCUCUGUGUGUGUGUGUGUGUGUUGUGUGUGUGUGUGUGUGUGUGUGUGUGUGUGUGUGUGUGUGUGUGUGUGUGUGUGUGGUGUGUGUGUGUGGUGUGUGUGUGUGGUGUGUGUGUGUGUUGUGUUAAAGAACUGCUUCAGAGACUCAGUAUUAGAGGAAUAGUUUAACUCAAGCCACACCCCUUCCCAUUUUGCACCAAUGAGGACAGAGAUACAGCUUUCAAUUCAUGAGCCUAUCCAUGGCCCCCAUUGUGAUGAACUCACUGGUCACCUCUUCAUUCAAUCAAUAAACUAAAUGAAUACUACAAAUACCUCUUA